UUCUUGCAAGCUUGCUCUAUAAACAAUGGUUGUAAUCAGCAAUAUAAUUAGUAUACUGCGUACAUGACGUUGCUGCUGCCAAUGGAGCUCUGGAGUGCUUUGUCUUUGCUUCUUCUUUGUGCAUUUCAGCUCGUUUUGGCACAAAGAAUCACUGCCCCAGAUGAAGUUACUGCUCUCAAUAAGGUAGUAGAACACUGGAACUUAGUAAAUUACUUGAAUCUAACCAUUGACCCCUGCACUGAAAAUGCCACAUGGGCAUCUGAAACUGCGAAUCCCCGUGUGGCUUGCGAUUGCACAGGCAGCGCCUGCCAUAUUACUCACCUGAAAAUAUAUGCCUUGGACAUAGUUGGUGAUCUGCCUGGAGAACUAUUUGAGCUAAAGCAGCUAAUAGACCUGAAUCUUGGUCAGAAUAUAUUAAGUGGGCACAUUCCUCCUGAAAUCGAACUGUUAUCCAACAUGCAGUACCUAAGCUUAGGCAUAAACAAUCUGUCAGGUCCAGUUCCACCAGAGCUUGGCAACUUGAGCAAGUUGGUUGUGCUAAGUUUUAGCUCAAAUCAGUUCUCUGGGAAAUUGCCCCUAGAGCUUGGAAAACUGACCUCAUUGCAGCAGCUGUACAUAGAUAGCAGUGGAGUGACUGGACCAAUUCCACAGGAGCUUUCGAGCUUAAAAUCCCUUCAAACUCUCUGGGCAUCUGAUAAUCUCUUUACUGGAAAACUCCCACAGUUCUUGGGAACUUUUACAGAACUCGUGGACUUGCGACUUGAAGGCGCAUUGCUUGAAGGACCAAUUCCAAGUAGUUUUGGUGCUCUAACCAAACUAGACAUCUUGAGAAUUGGUGAUCUUAGCAAGGAAGAUUCUUCUCUUGAUUUUUUGGAAAAUCUAACAAGUUUGUCCAUGCUGUCUUUAAGAAGUUGUCGAAUAUUUGGAAAAAUUCCUGAACAAAUUGGCAAGUUUUCCAAGUUGCAAUACCUAGAUUUGGGGUUCAACAAGUUGAAUGGGUCAAUACCAGACUCAUUCCAAGAUUUUACUGUGAUGCAAUUUCUGUAUCUGGGAAGCAAUGACUUGACUGGAGAACUACCUACAAGUAUCGUAAGUCCAAAGCUUAUCGCACUAGAUGUCUCCUUCAAUCCACUAACUGGUGAUUUACCUUCAGCUUUCUCUACAGAAGGUUUUUCACUAAAUGUGCUUGGUACAUCCAUCAAUGCAAAAGGAUUAUCAGACAGUGGAGAACCUGGAUUGUUGCAUUGUCUACAAGGAGACAUCAAGUGCGCUAAUAAGUUACCAGCAGUCUCUUCAUUUUCUAUUAAAUGUGGAGGCAAAAGCCAAAAAUCUGUAUCUGGUACUGAAUACGAUGGUGAUUCUGAAAUCUUGGGAGCUGCUUCAUUCUACAAAAGCUCUAGAAAUCAGUGGGUGGUGAGCAACACAGGAAACUUCCUUUUCAACUCAAAUGGACCUCAAUACAUAGCAAACACAGAUUCACAAAUCACGGAAACAUUAGACUCAGAGUUGUACAAGACAGCAAGAAUCUCACCAACCUCACUGAGGUAUCAUGGCCUAGAUUUGAAGAACGGAAAAUAUAUCGUUGAGCUUCACUUUGCAGAGUUACAAAUGGAGAACACCACUUCUUGGAGAGGUCUCGGAAGGCGCUUAUUCGAUAUCUACAUUCAGGGUGAGAGAGUUGUCCAAGACUUGAACAUUCAGAAGGAAGCAGGAGGAUCCAAGAAGGCAUUGAUCAAAACAUUUGAGACAAACGUGACGAACACAAUCAUGGACAUCCAUUUCCUGUGGGCUGGAAAAGGCACUUGCUGCAUUCCAUUUCAAGGCACAUAUGGACCUCUCGUCUCUGCAAUCCAUGUUUAUCAAGUCUCGGGUGCUGGAUCUUCUUUGAAUAGCGAGAGGAAGCGUGUGGGAAGGAUUGUGGGAGUGUCACUUGGUUGUGCAGCUGUUAUGAUCAUAAUGUCAUCAGUGUUCUACCUAUGGUGGAUUAAAGAUGAUGCUGAACCCAGACAUGUCAGGAUACACGGAACAAUGCGGAAGACAAGAGCAAACAUGUGAGAAUGCGUCACAAAAUGUGUGGAUAGUUGAUCAAGAA